AUGUUUCGAUUCGGAGUCGUCAGUGCCCUUGCCACCGCGGUGACAGCUGAUUCGGUACUGGAUGGGGCUUUGGCGUGGAUCAAAGCCAACGGCGAGGAGGUCUUGGACACCACCCAGCACUGUGUUGCAGCGGCCAAGAUUGCCUCUGGACUGCAUUCCAAGUGUGGCCAGGUCUUCAAUCCAGAAGGCUGGGCUGCCUUUGCCGCUUGGGGUCUGCUGGAGUCUCUGGAGUAUGUGGAUUACCCGCUGGCGUCGCAGUUGAAGAACUCCAGCUUCAUUGAAUCCGCCAAGGAGCAGACCAUCAAGGCUGGGAGAGGCUGGUCGACCAUGGCACUUUUUUUAUCACUCCGAAUCUGCUUGGAUCCAUCAUUUGGGUCAGUCUGA